AUGUCAGCCAUCUCCACCUUCCAGACGCAGUUGGUGUCUAUCAUGGAUACAUUAGCUAAAACGGCUGUUUUGGAGAUAAGUAAACUUGUGGACAUCGAAUACAAAGUACUGAGAUUCGAGGUAACUCGUAGUCGGCAAGAAAUCCGCACACUCCAAGGCAAACUACAGUUGAUGGAGAACAUGUUGCAGGAUUACCGGGCACAAAGGCAGGGCACAGGAGAGGACGGUGGUCCUGAAAUGCGUAAAAUUCCAGAUCCCUGCUCCGCUGAAUAUCAGUUAAGGAGGGACGUGUUAUCCGAAAUCAAGAGAGAGAUUGUUUCCGAAGAGGUGUCCAAGGCUUCGGAGGAUUUUGCUACACAUGAAGGUGCAACAGAGGAAUUCCUACUCACCGGACAAGACAAAAGACUCAGCGUGUCAAAGACUCUUAGGACUCGCACUGUUGGGACAUUAUCAGGAGAUAAACGAUUCGUUUGCACAUACUGUGCGAAAAGAUUCAAGUGUUUUAGUCAACUUGAAAUACAUCAACGCAGUCACACUGGUGAGAAGCCAUUUAAGUGUAUGCUUUGUGGUAAGAGAUAUGCACAGAGAGGUCACCUGUACACCCACCAGCGCACUCAUACUGGAGAAAAGCCUUAUCGGUGCCUGCAGUGUGGGAAGGGUUUCAUUCAGAAAUGUCGGACUGUAGCGCAAAAGACCACCGUCAACUGUCACCAUAGCAGAUCUCAGUUUGGCGGAGGCUCCAAAGGAAUAGAAGGUCAGAUGAUGCCAAGUAACAAUAUUAGCGGAUCAGCCAGUGUGACCCAGAGUCAGACGGACAGCUUUGUCACGUACGCCAUCACUUCAGAUAACCAAGUGGGCCAAAGCACACAACACAGAGGACCAGACAGUAUAAGCACCGCCACAUUACCCACCACACAUGGAGACAAUACAAGUGAACCAAACCUGGACUCUGAAGAGUUUGUUAGAUUAUAUCCUAAUACGAUCAACUUCAACCCGAUGCAAAAUCAGAGAAGUCCUAGGGGGGACAAGAAAUUUGAGUGUGUAUUUUGUGGAAAGAGUUUCACUUACUUGGGGUAUCUGAAAGUACAUUUGCGGCAGCACUCUGGAGAAAAGCCGUUUGCCUGCACCAUGUGUGGCAAACGCUUUGCUCGAAAAACAUACCUCAAACUCCACCAGCGCACGCACUCAGGGGAAAAACCGUACACCUGCAUGGAGUGUGGGAAGAGUUUCUCUCAAAAAAGUUCUCUGAAUGUCCAUCUCAGAACUCACACUGGAGAGAAGCCUUUUAACUGUGUAGAAUGUGGGAAAAGUUAUACGCACAAACAUGGUUUUAACAAACACCAGUGCAUCAGUUAG